GGGGAGACUUCGGGUGGCAUUAAAGCUCGUCUGUCGCUCUCCCCGCAUCCCGCAAACUCCACGGAGCCUGCGCAGGGAAUCAGACCGAGAGACAGCGCUCCUCCUCGGCUUCACAUCCCUCUGACCGCCCGCUGUCUGCCCUCCGUCCUCCUCCAGCAUGACUGCAGCCCGAGCGCACCGGAGAUGACGGGCACGGAGCCUGAAUCGGGGUAGCGUUCGGGAGGACCACCAUGGAGCGCGUCUGUGGAAAGGAGAGGCCUGGCAUGGACCCUGACCUGGACUCCUGCCUUUGCCUUUGAGCAAUGCACUUCCUCAGGACUAAACCCUGAACAAUGCCGAGCUGCUGGUCUGAAGUCUGGAUAUGCGCCUGCCCUGACCCUUGAGCAAGGUGCUGCUGGUCUGAAGUCAUGCAGUGUUCGUGGAAGUCUGUGGUUCUCUUGGCAUUGGCGUCAGUGGCCAUCCAGUACACGGCCAUACGAACUUUGACCUCCACCUCCUACCUGCUCUGCCCCGCCCACUCGAACAGCAGCUCUGUCCCUUUCUCUGCUGACCCAGUCUACGAGCGCGAGGAGCUGAGAGGCGGCUGCGAUGAUGAGCGCCUGUCUAACUCCACACGCAGGACGCAGGUGCUGCUUCUGACCACCACCCGCUGUGGCUCCACCUUCAUUGGGCAGCUCCUGAACCAGCACCCAGACGUCUUCUACCUGUUUGAGCCACUCUACCACGUCCAGGCCUCUAUCAUCCCGCGCAUCCACCUGCCCUCCGACCGACAGGUGAUGCUGGGGGCCAGUCGUGACCUCCUGUGGAGCCUGUUCCAGUGCGACCUCUACGCCCUGGAGAGCUAUAUCCGCCCUGCCCCAACCAACCACAUGCUGGACAACCUGUUCCGCCACAGUGCCAGCCGGACCCUGUGCCAGCCGCCCGUCUGUCAGGCCUUCAAACCUGGCGACUCGUGGGAGGAGUGGCAGUGCAAGAAGAAGUGUCACCCACUCAACCUUACCCUGGCAGCCAAGGCGUGUCACGGGAAGCCUCAUGUGGCCAUGAAGACGGUACGAGUGCCAGUGGUGGGUGACCUGCGCCCCCUGCUGGAGGACCCUCGCCUCAACAUUAAAGUGAUCCAGCUCGUGCGGGACCCUCGGGGGAUCCUCAGCUCCAGAAUCGAGACUUUCCGGGACCUGUACCGGCUCUGGGGCAUCUGGCAAGCCACAGGACGAAGACCACACACCCUCGAGACCCGGCAGUUUACCACCAUCUGCGACGACUUCUACAACUCUGUGUCCACUGCGCUGAGCCGGCCCGCUUGGCUCAAGGGCAGGUACAUGCUGGUGCGCUACGAGGACCUCUCCAGGAACCCUCUGCAGAAGACCAAGGAGAUCUACGACUUUGUGGGUCUGACCAUGACUCCAAGUGUGGAGGAGUGGAUUCGCGUCAACACCAGAGCCACCAACGACGCCCAGGCCAAGGACAAGUUCGGCACAAUGCGUGACUCUGCUGCCAACGCAGAGAGCUGGCGCCAGAAGCUGCCGUUUGACAUGGUGGAGUACAGCCAGGGCGCGUGCCAGAGGGCCCUGGGACAGCUGGGGUACCGCGAGGUCCAGUCUGCCCAAGAGCUCAGGAACAUGAACAUUUCUCUGGUCCUACGCAAAACUUUUGUACCGUUUUUGUAGAACAGAGACUAUUUUUGAUACGACUCAUCGUUGCCUUAUGUUCCUCUGUCUGUGUUAAGUUUAAUGUGCUCCACAUCUGAGAGGACACAGCGGCACAACCAGCUCAAAGCACAACUCGGUAAUUCACUUGAAUCUUCAGUGUAUUUCUGCCCAGUGCCAUCAUGUUAUUUUACAGCCUCUACACUGUGUAACAGAGGUGGGUAAAGCAGCCAAAAAUGUACUCAAGUAAAAGUAAUGUUACUUCAAAUUCAUGAAUUUAAUUAAUUAAUUCAUUACUCAGGUGGAGGAAAGUAGUAGUCCAAGAAUUAACACAUGAAAGAGUAUUUGGGAAAAAUACUACUCAAGUAAAGGUAACUUAAAGAGUAACUGUUGGGGUGUAAAAUCUGAUUUAUAAUUUGAAGGUAACAGUACAGUAAAUAAUGCACAAAAUCUGGUAUUCUCAAAGAACAGACACAAAAAUGAGCCAAAAUAAAUCAUAUCUGAAGGAACUGCAAGAAACACAAAUGUUCAAAUCAUUUCAUAUUCUCGACAUAAAGCUACACAGUGGGAAGAAGAACCAACUAUUUUACUAAAGUAAGAGCACUGUUACUUCAAUAAAAACAUUACUCAAGUAGGAGUAAAAGUAUGCUGACAGAAAAGUACUCUUAAAAGUACAAUUUUUUUUAAUGUAACUGAGUAAAUAAAACUAUGUACUAUCCACCUCUGAUUAUAACAUCAUACAACUGUGUAUGACAGGUUUUGAUGAUUCUCUAAUUUUGACUUAAUUUAAUGGAAUAAUACCUGUUGUAGAUAUUAUAGUUCUUCUCCAAUUGAGAAGCAAUUUGCCAAUAAAAGAUGAAAAAUAUGUUGAAAAUUAUAGUUCUAAAUCAUCACAAAUUUUAAACCUAAAAUGACCAAACUGGGAAAAAUAAAUAAAUAUCAUGAUCUUAACUUUGUUUUAAUCAUUGGAAUAGUUAAACUUACCGUAGGCACUUAAAUCGUUCAGUUCAGCAGAAUACAAGGUGGUUAACCGUUGCACAAAAACUCUAAUGUGUUAAUUUAAGAUUUACCGAGUUCUGCUUUAAAUUUCUGAUAUAGUCCAUUGACUGCAUGUUUUCACUGGUUCACACUGGUUCCAUGUGAAUUUGGAGAACUUCAUUUUGAGGUAGCACUUAUAAAAGGUACACCCCGAGAAUGAACUGUUGAAGUGGAAAUUCAGAAUGGCACUUCAUUUGAGUAGUUUUGACAGAUUUUAACUGGUGCAAACAUAUUUCAAUUGAUUAAGCCAAACAUAUAAGUGAGGGAUUAGAGGCUAUACAGACGACAUCACAACCUUUGGAACUUUAUUAGUGAGUGGCAAAGGUACAUGAGUCUGUCAGUGUUGAGUAAAGACAUUUUCAAGUGAGAGUACUGUUACUUCAAUAAAAAUAUUACUCCAGUAAAAGUACUUUUACGGUGUUAUUACUGUUGUUUCCAUAGUAAUUAACUAUUCAAAACCAAAUAUAUCUUUAGAAUUGGUAAAAGUGCUCAAAAUGGUGCCUAUAAACAAGAAGCUUAUACAGGCCUGUGCACUCCAGCUGAAACAACAUUACAUUUUGAGGACAAUUGACCUUUCAAGAUGAGAUAUUUUCUUUUGAAUUGCUACGGCAGCAAUGGAGAUUUUUCAACACACUGAACCCCAUGGAUCAAAAGAAAUAAACUUCUGUGAAAUCUGUUUAAGAAAUUGCUCUAAAAAGUCAAAUCUACUCAAAUCCAGGUACAAAUUCCAAUUCAGUCCAACUGUUUUGUGUUUCUGUGGUCGAGGAGGUGAAACUUUGUGCAAUAAACCUGAAUGUUGCAGCC